UAUUUGAAAUUUUCAUUUUGAAAAUGUAAGAUUGAAUUGAAGAGUUUUCAUAUUGAAUUCUAAGUUGUUAAAUUCAUUUUCAAAUUGCAAAUUGAUUUGUCAAUUGAAAAUUGAAUAUCGCUUUGAAUUAAUUCCAUCUAUAAAGGAUGGAUCAGCAAUUAAAUUUAACUAACUUUGCCAAACUAUCUUAGUUUGAAAGAAUCAUAGAUACAGUAUAAACACUCUAAAAAAAGAGUGCAACGAGACUUUGUCUGUCAUCUUAAAGCUAUUUCUCUUCUGUGAUUUUGUUCUAAAAAGGCAGCCACGACUCGUCUUGAUGUCAGUGAACUCAGCCGAGCAGGUCAGUGAGAGUGGCUGCUGACUAAUUAAUCCUCUUUGCGUUCUUCACUCCUCCAGCUUUGCUUCGUGGCAGUUGUUGACUUGCUCUCAGAGGAGCUCAGGUGGUGACCUAAAAUCCAGCAGAGCAGAUCCACACACACCUUUGAUGGAUUCAUAACUUGCUUCAAAUACAAGAACUAAGUUCUUCAACACAGUGGGGACUACUCAAAACUUUCUAUUUUUUCCUUUUACUGAUUUUUUUUUCUUUUCUUCACCUACAUCUGUUUCCCAAUUAAAUCUGCCCGAUGAAAGCAACCCUUUGAUAUCAGGUUUGGGUCAAAAGAUGGACAUGAAAAGUGAAGAUGGACUCUGUGAGCCAGCAAAGUUUCAGGGCCUGUUUUCUCCUAAGACUAAGGGCUGAUGUCGGCUAAGGUUAUCACCAUGGUGACCUUUGCUGACACAGCAAAGGUCUCGCCUGUAGAGCUGCAUGAGCCUCCGUGUCUGAGCGCCACGCUGUCUCCUGGGCUCAGGCGGAAAAAGAUGCUGUGGCAGAAUGCUGUCAAACACAUAAUUAUCCAGCAGGAGCUCAAUGCUCAGGCGGGUGUUGAACCAGCACGCAAAAUCUUUGUGACAGAUUCCUACAUUGAGGAUAUCAACAGGCAGAUCCGCAGCAAGGCCUCACGUGGGGUGACAAAACGGCGCUCAUCCACUGUCAGAGUCCAGACCCGGGGAUCCACCAGCACCUAUGGCAGUGUUGGAGGUUCUACCUGUGACUACACCAGUGAUGCAGAUUUCUUUGUUUGCUGGGGCAACACCAUCCGCGGUGUUUACAUACCCAUGCUGCGGCACACGUUCAAGUCCCGUGACCUGGAGAAGCUCUACCAACUAUACUCUUCUCACCAAAGACGCAACUCUCUAGCCAUCACCAAUGUGAUCGAUGCAGUGGCCAAGCUGCACGUGUUGGUCCUGUACCUGGUGCUGGCCCCAGAGCCCAACACAGACACCCUGCGUUCUUACUUUACAAGCAUUUUCAUGAUGAUAGCUGUAGCUCUGUGCGUUGUGGUUUUGAACUGCAAAGACUCCUUGUCCCCAAAGUGGCUUCACUAUGCUGGCCUUGCAAGCUGGUUUUCUCAAACCACACAGAUUUUGGGAGGGUUUGUUUUUGGACUAGAGACAGAUCCAUCCUGGUAUGUUUUAUUCACACUUUUUGCUACAUACACACUGCUACCACUUCCUCUGCUGUGGGCUAUUUGCGCCGGAUCCAUUACCUCAUUGCUGCACCUUGUUGUGGAGAUUUUGUCUUACUACAAAGAUGCUGUGCUUUUAAAAAAGGUGUUUGGCAAAGGCCUUCUGUACCUGGGUAUGAACACAGCCGGCUUAUUCAUCCACUACCUGACAGAUCAUGUCCAGAGACAGGUUUUCCUGGAGACGCGACGCUGCAUUGAAGGUCGUCUCAAACUUGAGCAAGAGAACCAGAGACAGGAACGCCUGGUCCUGUCAAUUCUGCCUCGCUUCGUUGCCUUGGAAAUGAUUGCAGACAUGAGUUCUUGGGAGGACGAACUGAACCCUCAAGAGUUUCAUAAGAUCUAUAUACAUGAGUACAAAGAUGUCAGCAUCCUUUUUGCAGAUAUUAAAGGUUUUACUCAGUUAUCCAUGAAUCUAUCGGCUCAGGAUUUGGUUCAAACCCUCAAUGAGCUCUUUGGACGUUUUGACCGCCUGGCUGAGGAGCACCACUGCUUGCGGAUAAAGAUACUGGGGGACUGUUACUACUGUGUGUCUGGGGUGCCUGAACCACAGCAUGCCCAUGCCCGCUGUUGUGUAGAAAUGGGGCUGGCUAUGAUCGCCACCAUACGACUCGUGAGGAAGCAGCUGAACUUUGACUUGGACAUGAGGAUCGGUAUACACUCUGGUUCUGUCCUGUGUGGUGUGCUGGGCCUGCAGAAGUGGCAGUUUGACGUCUGGUCAUGGGACGUGGGCAUCGCCAACAUGCUGGAAGCUGGAGGAAUACCAGGGCGCAUCCACAUCUCAAGGACAACUUUGGACUGUCUAGGGGGAAUCUACAAGACAGAGGACGGUCACGGAGGGGACAGGAACGAGUUCUUAAUGAAACAUAACAUAGACACCUUCCUCAUCUGCCCUUCAGAGGAGAGGAAUGGUUUCAUCGAGCCCAUCAAAGUCCAGAGAACUAUUCGGACCUGGAACCCUGAGAUCCCUUUUGGUCAUGUCAUUGACAUGAAUAGUAUCCUGGCAUCAUUCACAAAUGGCUCGCUGCCCAGCAUAUGGCAGUCAAAUUCCAGAGAAAUCAAGAAACGCAUCAAACAUGCGAUUGAGGUUCGAAGCAGCGAGCGCAUGCACAAGGAGCACAUCACUCCACUGACCCUUGUGUUCAAGGAUGCCCUGAUUGAGGCCAAGUUCUCUCAAAUCAGAGAUGAAAUGUUCAACUCCAACAUGGUCUGCUCCUUCAUCGUACUCCUCUUUCUCAUGGCUGCCCAGGCCUUCAUGUCCAUUCCCAGGCAGUUUCCGGCUGUCCUCCAGUUUGCUCUUUUCCUGCUUGCAUACAUGAUGCUGCUGCUGGUUUCCCUCGCUGAACAGUUCAAGAGCACUCCUGUAGUGCUGCAGAACAUCUGCUGCUGGUUCCACGAAAACAACAGCGCUCGCAACCUCCUCACUCUCACUGCCAUUCUCAUCAACUUUGCCCUGGCCUCUUCAGAUAUGGUCUGGUGUCUUCUAUCAGUGACGAAUGAGACUGACAUGAUGGAGAAGAUGAAACUAAGCUCAGUUCCUUUCACCAUCUGCACCUACCCUGAGAUCUUCGUGCUGAGUGGCGUGGUUGCCAUGGUUACGUGUGCUGUAUUUCUGCGACUGAACUCCCUGCUAAAGCUGGCGGUGCUGCUGUUUGUAGUCACUCUGUACUCCUAUGCCAUUCACCUGGCCUUCGUCACGCUUGCACGCUACGACACACUGCAAAGGUCUAACUAUGUGAGAAGAAAAGGGAUUUCCAUUCUUCUCAUGAUCAUGUUCACAGUGGCUGUUUUUUAUAAUGGACGACAGUGGGAGGCCACCGCCAGGCUGGACUUCCUGUGGCGUCUGCAGGCCCAGCAGGAGGUGGAGGACAUGAGGGCGCUGAGGGAGCACAACGAGAGUUUGUUACACAACAUCCUACCUGUGCACGUGGCGCAGCAUUUUCUGGAGCGGAACAGAAACGACCAGGAGCUUUACUCCCAGUCUUAUGAUGAAGUGGGUGUCAUGUUUGCCUCGGUCGCCGGCUUCAAUGAGUACUUUGAGCAGAAAGAGAUUAAACAUGAAGGAGUGGACUGCCUGCGACUGCUCAAUGAGAUCAUUGCUGGCUUUGAUGAGUUGUUGGAGGAGUCGUAUUUCCACUGCGUAGAGAAGAUCAAAACCAUUGGAAGUUGCUAUAUGGCAGCCUCUGGUUUAGCUCCAAAUAAACAGGCAUCCAUGGAUAAGUGGAAUCACCUGAGCGAGCUGGUUUUGUUUGCGUUGGCGAUGCAGGAGACCUUGAAGGAGACCAACCGGCUCUCUGCUCAGAGUUUUAAGCUGCGUGUCGGAAUUGCUCAUGGGCCAGUAGUUGCGGGGGUGAUCGGAGCCACCAAACCGCAGUAUGACAUCUGGGGGAUGACAGUGAACCUGGCGAGUCGUAUGGACACCACAGGAGUGAGUGGACGAAUCCAGGUGCCUGAAGCCACCCGAAAAGUCCUGUCAGAGUGGGGCUUUGCCCUGGAGCUACGAGGAGAAAUAUUUAUCAAGGGGGUAAGUGAGUGCCAGGGAAAAGUGCGUACAUACUUCAUCAGCACCACGCGCAGUAAGCAGGGCAAUGCUGGGAAGUACAGCAGGCUUGGGGGGCGCCCAUCAGGACGCCUGACACUAGCCGAGGUCGUAUUUGGGCUGGUCCAAGCCCGACAAAAGGAGAAAAUAAGAGAAACCAACAGUAACUUUGGUCUGAUUUCCUGCAAACUGAAGUGUUGAGAGGCACGCAGAGGAGAGGACUCAUCCAGGCAGGGCUGUUCCUGCAUGUUUACAGGGUGGAUCAAAUCCUCCAAGGAUCUUGCAGAGUUUAUUCCAGGUUUUGUCCAUCAACCCAACGAGUUAGGAGAAGAACAUGUUGGAAAAGUCUAUUUCUAAACUUACCAAGAGGAGAUUGGAAAUGGAACGUUUCCUAGAAUGGGCCUUUCUCUUCCACUGACUUCUUGUGAAGUACAGCAAAUAUUAGGGGGAUCUCUGCUUUUUCUAGCUUUCUUGUUGCCAUUUUUACAGUAAAACAAAAGCCAACAUGUCUUUUUUCAUAUCUUGUAUUGCAAGGUAUAUCAAACAUUUGAGCCAAAAACUAGAAUACCUCUAAAAAACAGCUAAAUCACACUCUAUAGUUCAGGGUUCUGCAACCUUUAGCGCUCAAAGAGCCAUUUGUUACAGUUUCUAACAGCCAUAAACCCAGCAAGAGCUGCAAAGUCACACUCUACUGUUUAGAAAAAUGUUCUAAAUUUAUAUUUUUGCGGUCAUUAAGUCAUUUGUUUAUUUAUUCAUAAAAUGUAGCUUUGAAACAUUUACAAUUAUUGAAUUAUAACAGUGUUAUAUUACCAUUGCACAGACAAGUUCCUUUCAAAAUAAAAUGUAUCCUGUGUCAAAUAAGACCCUGCUGCAGCGAUUAUACUUUAAUACAUUUGUCUCUGAAAGACAACUAGGCUUAAGAAAAGAAUGUGAGUUUGAACUUAUUCUAAAAAGAAACCACUCUGACAUAAAUCAGAUCUUUUACUAUUUAAUUGCUUGUAUUUGACAUGUUUGCAUUAUGGAGUGAACGUGUCAAGGGCUCUUGAUUUAGUAUAACGUAGUGGUUAAAACGUACAUUUUUCUCAUCUAAGUUCACCUCAGUUUAAAAAUCUAAAAAUAAAUGACCAACAACCCUAUUAUUUCUUCAAAAUGUUAGCAUUUUUCUUCAAAGCAAAAGAACCACAAUGAAGGGAUAAAAGAGCAGCAUGUGGCUCUGGAGCCACAGGUUGCAGACCCCUGUUCUAUUUCAUCACACAUGAGUUGGUUUUUGUCUGUAUCUUCCAUACGAACUCUAUAAAUGCAACCGUGUUGGUGUUUUAGACAUCAUGUGCUGUUCAUUUUACAUGUAUACCAUGCUUUUAUACAUUUUUUACAGAAAUGUUUAAUUGUAUGAUUGCCGUCCAUCAAAUAAACACAUUUUCUGUCUGUU